AUGACUUCGAACUGCAAACAGAUUUGUAUGUUGGUUCAAUUCCACGAAGUCACUCAAUGUAUUGCGAAGAGAUUCAGACUAGUUAACGCUAGGAUCAGACAAGAGUUGAUCAUCCAGAUUUAUAGACAGUCAGAGCGACGCCACUACCCACAAUAUGUCACUCACAGUCGAGAUGGUGCUUCAAGUAAUAAAAUCAAGUCCUUUAUGAACGCCUACCAAACGCUGCUUGAUGCUGUAAACCAAGCAAAUGCCUUCUACUGUGACCUUCUUAUGAGUUCAAUAUUCUAUAAAUUUGUACACGUCACCAUAUCCCUUUACACAUUCUUCUUGUUCCUUAUGCCUAUAAAUCUAUUGGGCCUCAUUACAUCCGGGACUAUGUCAUUGUGUCACAUCUGUUACCUGUUGUUAGUUGUAUCCUCGAUCACUGACGUCACUCAAGCGGCGGACCAGGCAACACCAAUGAUCUGUAAGCUGAUCAACCAGGAUUUGGAUGACGGACUAAAGAGACAACUGGAAUCAUUUUUGCAGCAACUGGCUGUUAAACAAUUUGAGUUUUCUGCAAGAGGAUAUUUCAAGAUCAGCAGGCAAUUGUUAAUUACAAUGGCAACAACAGUGGCCACCUAUCUGGUAGUUCUAAUUCAAUUUCACACACAGUCCAAAGAUGGUAAUUAA